AGAGAGAGAGAGAGAGAGAGAGAGAGAGACAAAGAAAGUCUAGUUGGCCAAGAACGUGAAUUUAUUGUUUGCGCUGUAAGAGUGUGAGUGAGAGGAUGCGUGUCCCGCUGUCUGCUGCUGUGACUCUAGGGCUGCUGUUCUUCCUGUCUGUGGGACUGAACGAGCAGGUGGCCGAGGGCUGCAGAUGUAUUCAAAGAAGUCCACAACAGAAAUACUGCAAUUCUGACACAGUGAUUCGAGCUAACAUCACUGGACAGGUGAAAAGCACUAAUAGUGGAACUACAUAUGGUAUCAAACUCAUUAAGACGUUUAAGCAAACCGACAACAAGCCAGUUCAGUUCAUCCACUCACCUCAAACUUCAUGUGGCAUCACUCUGAAAAACGGGGAGUAUCUGCUGGGAGGAUCUGUCAUGGAUGGAGUGAUGGGAGUUAAUUUAUGUAGCCUUGUGAAGGGUUGGAACAGUAUCUCCUCAGUUCCUGUGUCAGAAUGGCUGUGACUUUGAGAUCUCAGCCUGUACUGGAGCGUCCUGUUUGAUCAAAAUGCCCUGAAGACCAAGUGCACCAGCCAUCCGUCAAUGUGGAAGCUUGCCCUUUUGUUUUUCAGAAUGCUUAGAACUCUUAGAACAUUUUAAAGUAAAAUUUAAACAUUUUACUUAAGCUUUGCAAUGCAGUCAACAAAUACAUACAAAACAUUAUUUUCAUGGGAAUAUGCAAUUAACCAUUAAACUGUUUUGAAUGUAAA